CUACUAGUUGCCGAAACCAAAGAUUAUCGUUGGUUCUUGAAGAGUUCGGCCUGGUCAAGACUCUCCCGCCCUUACAAGUGAGUCAACCUUGAUUUCCGAUCCCUUGCACCAGCUUUCGGCACGUUUCGAGCAAGCCACCACCCGCUCAACGGACACCCUCUGCCGUGCAUGUUGUGCUUCGAUCUACGGUUUAGAGCUAAGCCAUUCAUUCGACAUCACUUAAUAUACGACUCCUUGACGCAGGAUUUCGGGGAAAAAAGAAAAAAGGAAAAGAAAAAGAAGAAAGACACCAGCUCGUCAAUCAUUUCCCGAAUCAUUAUCCAGCAUGUCUCCCAUCAACAACAUAGUUGCCCGUGACCUCGGCGACUCGAAUAGCAUGAUGAACCUGAUGGUUACUUUUCUGGGCCUGGCCUUCUUUGCCCUCAUCCUCGUAGCUGCACUCAUUAUGCUGCGGAGAAUAAAGCGCAACCGCGCAAUGCUCCUCGAGGAUGGUCUUCCCCAGUACAAUGAUCUCAAGCAUGAAUACAACGGCCACAACACCCGCCGUCUAACCAUUACAGCGCCAGAUGGUCGGUCUAGUGUUGUGGUCCUCAACGGACGUCCCAUGCUGUCUGAUCCCAACUCACCGCCUCACUCUCCCAAGAACAUCCCCGAGAUUCACAUCACUUUCCCCGAUGAGCACGACGAGUAUGGCCGCAAGCAAGACGGCCGCGUCAUGGUUGUUAGAGUCGGCGAGACCACUGUCGGUAUGGAACCCGUUCGCGAAGAGCAGCUGCCCGCCUACGAGAAGGAGAGCAGUCAUGGUUUUUACUCUAUCGAUAUGGAACAGAUUGGUGGUUUGAAGGAGAAGGACCGUUCGCAAUUCCAUUAAAAGCUGGACAGACAGGCGCUUCUGUCGCCUCGAGACUAAAAUUCACCAUUCAUCCUUAACCAUAUCUUUGAGGCACUGGCGAGUC